GAGCAGUCAGUCAUUUAAUUUCCAAGGCACAUAUUGUGUUUCAGAAACAAAUAUCGUUAUUGAAAAUGUUAACUAGAAAAAAAUUUCUCCUUAGUCGUGUGUUUUUUUCGUUGAUUGCCUUUCUCUUUAUCAACGGUGCCACGGCCAUUAACUACGCUUUCAGACAAGACGUCCUUCCAAAAAAUGUCACACAAGCAGAUGCGCGAACAACUCGUCAGAUUUUGGAAGUGGCAACCAAAAUUAAAAAAUUAAAAAAAAGAUACACAUUGCAAGAAGGAACGGAACAUUUAUUACAAUUUGGAGCAUUGUUCAGAACUCAAAUUUUAGACACAUUUGGAUACUUGGUUUACGACCGUUACGAUGAUUUCUCUAUUUCUCAAAUGGAAGCCCUAUAUAGAGUUUAUCACGAAACUUUGGAAAGAAAAUACAAUAUUUUCGACAUUGUUACCAGCUUUUUUGAAAGUGCGGACAUCCGACCAACCAAAGUUUGUCAAUCCAUCAACAAAAAUGUUCACACUUGUUUGAAAGAAAGCUCACAAUUGUGUAUGAGUAUUAGAAAGCAUAACAAACGACGCCUGAUAAAUCUUAACUACACUCCCCAAAUUUAUCAACUAGCAAAGAUUCAACAUCACUUUCCUUAUGGUUUCUCUUUAAAUAUUAUCCUGAAACAUCUUCAAAAUGAUACCCUAAAGUUUACUCCAUCUUUAUUAUCUGGGCUGUUGCACAAUAUUCAGUAUGAUAGUUUUGACGAUGAAGUGAGAACCGCAGAAAGAGAGCUGAUUUUGUACCUCAUAAAGUAUUCCAAAAUUUCUAAAGAUUCAAUAUUGAUGACUAAGGAAGACAUACAGAAUCAAACAACUGUAAGUGGGUUGUUGAAGACGUAUCUUAAAACCGCAUCAGUUGAAUUUAAAAGUCCUGCGAAUUUCCAUGCACAAAUUUUGGCAGAACAUGUAGUUAGAGAAGUGGAAGCAAUUAGUCAAAACAUUGAGCUACUUGGUGCUGUUUAUGAAAACAAUACUAUAAAUUUAAAGUAUCUUUUCAAUUUGGUGUUGCCUCCAGAUGUUAUAGAUAAGGACCUCUCUGAGGCUAAAGAAUAUCUUUUAGGUAAGGUAGAUGAACUUCAAGUUGUAUCAAAAUAUUUGAGGAUUGAGAAGUAUCAGCAAGCUGGACCAGAUCAAUUGUUAAUGGAAAUCUUAGGACAAAUGAGGGACAUUCAUUUUGCUGUAGACAUUGUCAGUGCUCUCCAUACACAUGCAAGGUUUUGGCACAGAAAUCGUGCUAUUGAAGGUCUGAAUGAACUACUUGAUCUUUUUUCUUCUUAUGAGAAUUUAAGAAAAAUAAAAGACUAUGAAGAGAUGAUGAAGACUAUGGAUCAAAUUAAGAGUCGGUUGUGGGACUCGAAAAAUGUCACGAUUGAAAUUUAUUGUUCCAACCCGAGAGCCUGCCUUCAAAUCGGAUUGCAGAUCGUGAUGAAAUGUGAAUUUAUUGACGAGGAAACGAAAAAUUUGAUCAAAAAGUUUGGUGAUAAAGUUACAGUUAAAGGAUCUCCUGCUAAAGAAGAGUGUCAUUUGAGAGAGAUUCAGCUUGCCGAAUGUAGUAAUGAAUCUGUGGAGGUCAACCCGGAAAUGGAGGAAUCUCCUGGAACAUCCGGAGAACCGAAGACAGAAUACCCUCCAAACAUCAAACAGAUUAUGGAUAAACAUGACAAUAAAACUACGACAUUAUUCGAUCAAGCGGAACCAUCUUCUGAAACGCCAGAUAUUUUAACUUCAAUAGCUUCUGAAGAAAUAACCAUAGCAGAAACAUCAACUAAACUAGGAGAUAAAACAACAACAGAAAAGAUGAUGAGACAAACCGAAACUAAUACUGAAUCUGAAGUAAAUACAGAAAUAGGGAUUAACAUAUCAACAAUUUUAUCAAAAACAGCAGAAUUAACAACCAUUGAUAACGCAGUAGUAAAUUCAAAGACUACAGAAUUUUCAACAUCAGAAUGUAGCGGUUCAGAGGAAUGUCCCAGUGAAUGUAGUAAUCAGGAUUGUUCUUCACUAGAAUGCUCAGGUAAUGACUGCUCAACAUCUGAGAAGACUUCUACAGGCAACGGAGUUUGCGAAGGGAAAGAUUGUCCAGAUAAAGAAGAAGAAGGUGACUGUAAAGGAAAGGAUUGUACCGAUAGAGUUGGAGAGGGUGAUUGCAAAGGAAGGGAUUGUCCAGAUAAAGAAGGAGAAGGCGAUUGCAGAGGAAAAUAUUGUACGGAUAAAGAAGACAAAAGUGAUUGCAAAGGACAGGAUUGUCCAGAUAAAGAAGAAGAAGGUGGAUGUGAAGGAACAGAUUGUUCAGAUGAUGAGGAAGAUGGUGAUUGCAAAGGAAAGGAUUGUCCAGAUAACGAAAAAGAUGGUGAUUGCAAAGGGAAGGAUUGCUCAGAUAAAGAAGGAGAAGGUGGCUGUGAAGGAACAGAUUGUUCAGAAGAUCAGGAAGAAGGUGAUUGCAGAGGAAAGGAUUGCCCAAAUAAAGAAGAAAAAAGUGAUUGCAAAGGAAAAGAUUGCUCAGAUACCGAAGGUGGCUGUGAAGAAACAGAUUGUUCAGAUGAUGGGGAAGAGGGUGAUUGCAAAGGAAAGGAUUGCCCAGAUAAAGAAAGAGGUGAUUGUGAUGGAACAGAUUGCCCAGAUAAAGAAGAAGAAGGAGACUGUAAAGGAAAGGAUUGUCCAGAUAGAGUUGGAAAAGGUGAUUGCAAAGGAAGGGAUUGUCCAGAUCAAGAACGAGAAGUUGACUGUAGAGGAAAGGAUUGUCCAGAUAAAGAAGAGGGUGUUUGCGAAGGACAAGACUGUCUGCAUGAAGAAGGAGAAAGUGAUUGUAAAGGAUCUGAUUGUCCUACAAGAAAAGAAAACGAUGAUUGUAGAGAAAAUGAUUGUUCUGAUGAAGAAAAUACAACUAAUUGCUCUGGAACUGAUUGUCUAAAUAAAGAAGAAAAAAAUGAGGAUUCAAAAACAGAUUGUAAAGAUUCUAAUUGUCUGCAGGAAGAAACAGAAGCACCCUGCACAGACCCAGGGUGUGCAAAAUCAGAUUGUAAAGGAAAAAACUGCUCUCCAGCUUCAGAGCAAAAAUGUUCAGGGGAUGAUUGCCUCGAUGGUUCUAAAAAUAAAACAGUAUUUUGUGACAACACAGAUCCUCAGCACCAAAGAAAAAAAGAGCGAUUGCAGAAAAUGCGCCAACUUGGUCUUUUCCCAUUAGUUACAUCCAAAUAUAAAGAAGUUGAUUCGGAGGUCUCGCAAAAUGAAGAUUAUAGUUCAAGCGAUGAAGUUGAAGCUACAGGAUUCGAUAAGGUAAAUCGUGUUCGUGCAAAUGCAAGUUCUGAACGACGAAUUCAUAAAGUAUCAAAAUCAGAAACAGAAUCAAAAGAAAUUAGAUCACAAGGCGAAAAAGAAAAAAAUUCUAAAAAAUAUAUUUAUUUUUCUACAGAAAAGUCGGGGAAAAUGAACAAAGCCCUUCGCUCUCAGCAGAAUAUUUAUACAAAUAAUCACGAAAAUCAAGAAAGGGGAAGAAAAAAGAUGAAAAAAAGUGGGACAGACAAUUUGAAGAAGAAUGUGAAAAAGAAAACAAAAAUCAAGAUUGUGAAGAAAAAUAGUAAUCAUAGUCAUUCAAAUGAACAACAUUCAAAACUUUCUGAUCAAGAAGAUAGCCCUGGAAAUAUUUCUUCUGAUAAAUUAGAGGUUGAAAAGAAAACGAAACGAAUUAAAGAUAGAAAAAAUUCGAAGAAAAACGAUAAAGAGGAAGAUUUAGAAGUUACUGAAUCAAAUAAAUACAAUCUGGGAGAAUUACUUUCCAGUAAUUUUAAUUCAGAUCAAAAUAAAAAGCAACAAGAAUCUUCCAAAAAGUCAGAUUUAGAGGUUACUGAGUCAACUAAAGUGAAUGAUCUUUCAGAAAUUUCUUCUGAUGUUUCAAAUACAGAAAAGAAAAAAUAUUCAAGUCAAAAAGAUAGAAAUAUUUUUUAUGAAGAUCUGAAUUCAGAAGAAGAAGCAAAGAAAAUGGGGAAAGGUCUGACAAAAUUGACAAAGCACAGGAAUGGAAAAAAGGAUAUAUUGGAAGAUAAAGUUAUAUUGAAAAAUAAUGUUCAAUUAAAAAAUGAUAAUUUAUCAUCUAAUAAAGAUUCACUGAAAAGGGAAGAUUUUCCAAAAAUUUCCUAUGGAAAGCACCAGCCUAAAAAUUCUUAUAGAAGAUCAAAUAUUAAUUUUCCCCUUGAUGCUGAUGACGCCCCUCUUGUUUAUCAAACUCAAAAGCCAAACUUUAAGACUGUCCAGCGUUCUUAUUUUGCUGAUUUACUUAAUAAAGAUAAUAAUAAUGCACGACCUGAAAAUCGUAUGUUCGCAGAUCAUACUUUUGGUGAUCAAGACAAAAUUGAUAACAAUAGGGCAAUUUUUUAUCCAAAGAGUCAGGAACCAAUUGACCAAGAAGAUGUACUUGAUGACAAAGCCUACUACACAGACAUUGACGAUUCCUCCGAUUCAAGAUCAAAGUGGCUAUCUUGGUUUCAGUAAAAAUGGAAGAUUAAGUUAUUUGUAAUAAUCAGCAUUGAAAACAAUAAAAGCAUCUUAGGCAUAUAUUUUUGUAUAUAUUUCUAUAUGUAGUUCAAUUAUAUGUCUUUGUCACAACGAUUCUUUACGAAAACUUAUAUUCGGAGGCAUCAAUUUUUUGUAAACAAUUUGAAGUAUGUUCAUGAAUAAAUGUAAAUUUUAAUUUUUUUAUGAGUAAGAGCCCAAAAACGUUCCUUAGGUAGCUAGCUGUUUACAAUGAAAUUAGAAAUAAUAUUUCGUUUACUUUGUUGGAAAAAGUUUCGAAAACAACACAUAUUAUAUGUUCGCUUUUGUUCAAACUUCGUAAGCCGACUUAUUUGUAUACGCUGAUUACGAAUAAUAUAACCAUAAAAUGA